AAAAACAAUAUGAAUAAUUGUAAUUUUGUACUUGCGAAAGAAUCAAUUUUUGAAGGAAAAGCCCGAUUAUUACGAAAGCCGAAUAAGCGAGUACAUUCUUGGGUUAAUGAAAAAAGAGAAUAUCAAAGAAGGAAAAAGAAAGUUCACGGGCGUUUCAUGCAGUGCAUAGCAUGUCGUUCACUCAAAUGGCGCCUGGAAUGUUUUUGCAUACAGGCGCCAAUUGUGUAUUCGUACCUUUGUCAAAAAGAAAAGCAUGGCGCACUUAGGAAUGAGUAA